CUAGGGAGACAGCAUGGACGACGCCUACGAGUCUGUUCUGUACGUUGCUCGGGAAUGCUACGUCUAUCGGAUCCCGCCGCGCAAGUCCACGGCAGGCUACAAGGCGGCAGAGUGGGGCGACAUGGAGGCAUUUCUUUGGAAGGGGAGGCUGAGGAUCAUUGAGAAGGGCGAAGCGGACAAGUGCGAGAUUCGACUGGAGGACAAGGAUUCUGGGGAGCUGUUCGCGCUGUGCCCUUACGACUUGACGGGCCAGUCUGUAGAGCCUGUCCUUGACUCGUCGAGGUACUUUGUCUUGCGCGUCGAGAGCGACUCUCCCGAAGGCGGUUCCAAGAAGAAGGCAUUCAUCGGAAUGGGCUUUCUCGAUCGGAGCGAAUCGUUUGACUUCAACGUUGCACUCCAAGAUUGGACAAAACGGACAAAGGCAGCCAAGGCCGGUCCCGCGGCCGAAGACGUCGAUUCAGGCCCUUCGCCCCACAUUCCCGCAGGUCCAAAGCAAGAUUACAGCCUUAAGGAAGGCCAGACCUUCUCCAUCAAGAUCCCAGGUUCUGGCGGUGGUGGGCGAAAAAUUAGAGAUACACAACCCUCGUCAACGUUCGGGGCAGGUGGGUUUGGCGGUGGCCCACUGCUUCCGCCGCCACCAAGCAAGAGAGGGUAAAUGGAGCAACGUCCAAUAUCACUUGGACGCACUCGAGAAAGCGAUAGGUCGGCAAAUGCCAAAUGGCGAGCGGGUAGGAGUAGGCCCUCGCUUCCAAUAGAGGAGCGGCCCUUGAUCUAGAUUUGUUGUGUCAUUAAGUGAUUGACUACGGGAC